AUGGCUGUGUACUUGCUGCCGGAUGACGUGGCGGACUUCGUCUACCUGGUCCCCCCGACGACGUUCUUCGGCCAGACGAAGUCUCUGCACAUGGUCCUCGAUAGAGCGAGCAUAGAUCUCACAGAAGCGGAGGCGGCGGAUGACUGCCAACGGCUCAUCACGCCGGAAUAUCUACGCAGCGUCUGCGACAUCAGCGACCAUGUGCCAGACCCGGCGAGUGGCAGUCACAAUUUGACUACAUCAUCGAGGCAACGUGUAACUGGCCGGCAGAACGCUAGAGAUGCUUUCGGCGCUCCGGAAAAUCGAACCAGGGAACGAUUCCAAACAACCAGCAAGGCAAGCCCGUCAGCCACGGCCUGGAUCCGAGGAACCGCGCUGGGCGUUGCCCAGACGCAGCCUACUGAAGAACUCGACGAGGACGAGGACGUGGACACUGAUACCGACUCAGAGUCUUCCAUCGGUCUAAGGGCGUCUGCGGCGCAUCUUACGCGUAAUUCAUCUGGACUGGCACCUCUCAGCCCGCUUUUCCAAAGAUAUGAUCCAAUCAGCCGGAUAACCGUCACAUUCAAGAUCUUGAAACAGACGCAAAACCAUCCGACUCAGACGGCAAGUAGAGUGAAGAAGCCUUUCAAGGUCCGCACGGCGUACCUGAAGGCCUAUUGUGAUCCAGACCACACGCCAGGCUUACGACGGCUUGUCGCCGGUAGAGCGACACUCCCGGCAGGCUUCGCCGAGACUUCCCGGUCUAUCAAGGACUGGCUAGCAACUUGUUCAAGUCAGCACCCGGCAUGUUGCAGAAAUCUGGUGCAGGAACCCGUUGAGGAUAAGGCUGGUCAUGUGCCGCUUCCCACACGUCUGAUCGACGUUGGCCUCGACCUAACGGGCCCAAGGACAAGGAAGAAGGUGGAGAUUGAUCUCAUGAGGCCCGCAAGAUGGGAAAGUACUACGGGAAUGCUCUGUUGGUCAUCGCAGCGCUUGCUUCUGACAAUAGCGAACAAGGCCUCUUCAUCUCAGGCGCUACCGUACGCCUUGAAUGGUCGUCAACUUGGCAACAUCACCGUUCGCCUUCCUCAUCAGACUGAACAGACAUACGAUUUCGACCAUGAGAAACAGCAAAGUCUUUGGUAUACGCGCGGCUGGGUCGUUCAAGAGCUCACUCUCGCUCGCAGGAUUGUCUAUUUUGGUCGUCACCAGGUCUAUUGGGACUGUAGAAGGACAAUGCUGUCGGAAGAUGGGGAUAUCCCAUCGCGGCACAGUCUCUACAAUACACCUGAUGCCUUACAGAAUGAUCCCGAGAACCAGGAACUUGGGACUCGCAAGGAUGUUUUCCACAUUUCCUACAAUGCACUAGAGACGAUCACGAUGUCUCGGCUCUUCAGGAAGAAAUAUGUGAAGAGAUUUGCACUGCCGACCACGCCCUUGAAGCAAGCACAGGCUAAGACCCGAGCAACUACCGACUUGAUAGAAUUUCAGGGCGCGUUCCGCACUUGGACCAGACUGGUAGAGAACUACAGCCUGUGCCAGCUGUCACAUUCGGAGGACAAACUGCUUGCAAUCGACGGUAUUGCACAGACACUCUGCAAAGCCGCCAAGGCAACGUAUUACCAAGGACUUUGGCUUGAGACUGUGGAAUUGGGACUCUUGUGGCACGGAAAGUCCGCACUCGCGAAGUUACCUCUCGAUCAAGUGCCGACCUGGAGCUGGGCCGCUUGGGAUGGCGCAAUAGAGUUUAUGUCACUAGACUUUGGGUACGCUACUACGCUGAAACGUGGCUUCAUUCCAACGACAGCAUCGACAGAGCUCGCCUUGACCACGACUAUAUGGAACGACGUUGCAGUGAGCAGCAUCCCUAUCACGUUCCCUUUCGUGGAAUGCAAAGACUGCAAGUGGCCUGUCGAACACAUGCUCAGAUACGACGACCUACGGAGCGGCAAUGGGCUUGCGUAUUGCAUCAAGUGUGGGGACCCGGGCUCGAAACACCCCAACAUGUUCCACGCUGGUCAUAAGAAUCUCGUGCGAUGUUUGCAGGCUGGCAGCUACCUGGAAUGCACCGCCGGACACCUCCACGUAGACGGAUCAUGCGCAUCCAAGGAUGAUUUCGAACAGCGAGAUCGAAUCUAUUUCGCCCCGGUGGACCAGCUCGGGACACCUACGGAGGACUUCGAUGAUGACAAGCUGGUUUUGUACAAGCAGCAAGCACUAUGGCAUGCCCUAUGGUUAUAUCACGAAGAUUGGAUGGGUUCUAUGGGUCUCGUGGACUUUGACCGGCCCGACCACAUCCCCGAGAACGUUUCUUUUGUGCUUUUGGAGAAUGGCGCCGAGCAGUCUUCGGACAGAAGUGGAAAUGAUGAUCUAAGCAGCAAUGGUGAACAGGAUGCUAGCAGUAUUGACCACGACGACGAGAGUAGAAGCGAGGCAGGCGGAGACACAGAGGAUCCCGCGCAGACUGCCGAGCAAACUGCCGAGCAAGAACAACAGCACCAGGAGAUGCUGCGUGGGCAGUAUGCUCGUGUAUUCUCUAGAGCAAGUGAGAGUGCGAUACCUAUCCUAGCUUGUGUGAGAACUGGUCUAGAAGGACAAUAUGCCAGGGUUGGUGUCGGUGUUGCCUUCGACUUCAAGCACAAGGUUUGGAAAGACUACUUGGCAGGUUGGCCUGUAGAGCAUGAGGGCUUGGAAGAAGAUGUCGAUAUAGUGCUUGUCUAA